AACAGAUAUUGUAAACGAGUUAAUAGUGUUAUAUAUGGAACAGCAAGAGAAUAGCGAAGUGUCAACAAAAUCGUCAUAUGAUAGCAAGGCUUUAAAAUGUUUAAUAUAUUGUUCUGAAUAAUGAAAAUCAAUAAAUGAUAUUUCACGAUAUGGUAUAUAGUUUCUUACCCAUGAAACAUUGUCGAAGUCUUGGAAUAUAAUUCCCGCUUACUCGCAAAUGAAGGUGGUCCGAUCGCCUGUUUAGAUUAGUGUAAUUGUCUGGUGGGUAGUUGUUACGAGAACGACCGAGUAAAAAGCCUAAUAUGCACACGUAAGUAGACGUGGAUAUUGACUAUGAACAAUGAAGGAUGCGAGUAACACAUACUUUAUCGGAGGAAAAUCUAAUUAUUUCAUGUCAAGAACACGCCAGAUACAAUUUCGGAACAAUCAACAAAUAGAAAUGGAUACCUAGUUAUUUCGAAGCUGACUUCUCGGGGAGAUAUUGACCAGAGAACGGACGAGUGGAUCGAGAACGACCAGCUCAUGUGUCGUGCCUCUGGACACAGCCUGGACGUUAUAGAAAGGGACCAAAAAUGAUCGCUACCGGGAGGAACGCGUCGCCAUUGGGGACCGGAUUUGUGGCUCGACUUGUGCUUACCUUUGUGAUGGGGAGCUUUGUUCAACAGGUAUGUGGCCGAUCUAGGUUCCGCCGGCAGGACGUCGACAGUCCCGAUGGAGUGCUUUACUGGCCCGAUGGGAUCAUUCCUUACACGUUUCCAUCAUCGUACACGGAGACACAGCAGAGCACUGUACGAGUAGGUAUGGCACGGUGGGAAGAGCAGACAUGCAUAAAGUUUGUACCUUGGACCAGUGAAUUGCUAGAACAGAUGGGAACGACACGUUACCUUAAGUUUAUCAACGGUAUAACGUGUUUUUCUCGGUAUGGUAUGUACGCUUUCCAGCCGCAGCCCAUCUCUAUAGGAGCCAACUGUAUGAGUAUAGACACGAUCAUACACGAGCUUGGUCACGCUAUAGGGAUGCUACACACAAUGGAACGGAAUGACAGGGAUACGUACAUCACAGUCAAGUACGAGAACAUUAACCCUGACUCCCGUGGGAACUACGACACGGUCGGUAUGAAGGGGCGGACGUAUCCCUACUAUGACACUCCUUAUGAUUAUAAGAGCAUAAUGCAUUAUGGACCCAAAUACUGGUCCUCUAAUGGUAAGCCUGUCAUGUUGACUAAAGACCCAGCCUACCAGUCUGUUAUAGGCAAAGCCAAAACCGUCAGCCAUUACGAUGCCGUGUUUGUAAAUCGGGCAUAUCGAUGUGCAGAAACGUGUAGUCUACCCUGUGAGAAUGGUGGGGUAAAUGGCGGUAAACCUACGAGGGAGUGUUUCUGUUUAUGUCCUGAUGGCUUCAUGGGAACAUUCUGCCAGAUACCUGUACCAGGAUUUCAGCACAUCGUAAACUGGGACUGCGGGACAUCUUGGCACUACGCUAAUGGUAACUGUUACAAGUUUUUCCCGUCUGUGGCAGUAGACUAUGAGAUAGCCGCCGAUCUGUGUGCCAACCACGGUGGAAACGUUGUAUCAUUUAAGAGUAGUAAAGAAGUGAAAUGGCUCAAAGAUAGAAUUGACGAGAAUUUCUUGAUGACGUCUGUAGCAAGUUUCUGGGCCGGUGUUAAACGCAGGGCAGGUGAGACAGCCUAUCUGCUUCCCGACGACUCCUUGUUGGAUGCAAGUCUCAUGCCGCUACACGAGAUGGGCACCAGUGACGCGGACGGAUGUGCCACAACAAAUGGUCAGUCUCUGAUCAUAGAGAGCUGUGACAUAAAACCGGACAAUGGCGUCAUCUGUAUGAAACCUUUCGAUUCAGACUGUGGAGGACGUUACCGCCUAACAUCUACCUCUGUAUCUAUACAAUCACCCGGAUUUCCUGCGGGCUAUCCCUCCUCCACGAACUGUCAGUAUGUACUACAGGUAAGUCCUCCACGAACUGUAAGUAUGUACUACAGGUAAGUCCUCCACAAACUGUUAGUAUGUACUACAGGUAAGUCCUCCACGAACUGUCAGUAUGUACUACAUGUAA